GAAUUCAAGCGGACGUGUUAUUUGAGUAUGAAAGCUGCGCGAGAAGAUUAGAAUUAACGUUAAGAACGCUUAUAGUAUUAAUAUUAAGAUGAAGAAAAUUAUUUUAGUGCUGAUCGGAUUAAGUCACUACACAUUACUAGGAGUUUGUGCACAAAGCGAACCGUGUACAACGCCCGUCGGUCAUCCUGGCCUCUGCGUACCGGUACAAUACUGCCGGAACAUUUAUGGUAUUAUUCAAUCGAAAAAACGGCCAUCCGAAGGCAUUCUCAACUACAUCCGUAAAUCGGUUUGCCGUUUGGCAGGAGUGAGUAAAUCAGUUUGCUGUCAGCUGACCGAAGUGGACAAGGCGGUUACCAGCAUGCCACCGAAUAAACCGGUACUUCCGAUGAACUGUGGCACAACGACUGCAGAUCGUGUUGCAUAUGGAUUGCAAACAGGUGUUUUCGAGUACCCCUGGAUGGCACUGCUUCGCUUCAGGGAUUUUAAUCAAGAUCUAGUCGAUGGUUGUGGUGGGACUCUGAUCCAUGAGCGAUACGUUCUAACGGCAGCUCACUGCUUACAUGACAGAAAAUUGAUAUUAGACCACGUUCGUCUGGGAGAGCAUAACAAAAUCACUGACAUUGACUGCGAAGGAGAGGAUGGAGACUGUGCAGGACCGGUUCAGGAUGUACGGGUAGAAACCACGAUUAUUCAUCCAAUGUAUAAUAACCCAAAGUUUCGAAAUGACAUUGGCUUGAUUCGAUUGGAACGAAAUGUAAUAUUUGAUGAUCAAAUUAAGCCAAUCUGUUUACCUAUAACAAAAGAAUUUAGUAGCAUACUUCACUCGAAGUAUAUUUUAACUGGUUGGGGAACGACUGAAAAUAAUUCGCUUUCAAAUGUUCUGUUGAAAGCGUAUCUCCCCCGGAUAGAAAACGAACAGUGCGAACACAUAAUGAAGAGCAACAGCCUCGAGGUAGAGCUCAGUGAACAUCAGUUCUGUGCUGGAGGUAGAGAUCUGAAAGACAGUUGCAGAGGUGAUUCAGGCGGACCACUAGGAACGGUGGGAUUGCUGCACAAUGAACCGAGGUUCAUUCAAUUUGGAAUUGUCUCGAUUGGGGUAAAUAGCUGUGGACUGAAAAACAUUCCUAGCAUCUACACCAGGGUAGGACUAUACAUGGACUGGAUUAUAGAAAAUAUGAAACCUUCUUGAAAAAUGUGUUUAUUAAAUGUGUACUUCCAAACAGAUUUAACGAGUAGAUUUAUAUUAUAAAUAUUAAAUUAAUUGUGAUCUCCAACCUAAAUAUAAGAGAAUCUUGUGUUAUUCAUUA